AAGGCCCCGCCCCCUCCCCGCGGGGCCGGGCGGAGGCGGAGCCUGGCGGGGCCGUGGGGUCGCGCGCGCGGGGCGACUUCGUUUCCACUUUGUGAUGUCUUCCCCUGAAAUUGCUUCCCUUUCUUGGGGUCAGAUGAAGGUGAAAGGCUGCUCUACAACAUAUAAGGACUGCAAAGUAUGGCCAGGAGGAAGCCGGACAUGGGAUUGGCGAGAAACCGGGACUAAUCAUUCUCCAGGAGUGCAGCCAGCUGACCUUGAAGAAGUCGUCAAGAAGGGUGUUAAAACUGUGGUGAUUGGUCGUGGCAUGAGUGAGGCUUUGCAGGUUCCAGCAUCCACUGUGGACUAUCUGAAGAAGAACGGGAUUGAGGUGCUGGUGCUGCAAACGGAGAAGGCUGUGGCGGAGUACAAUGCCCUGGCUGCUCAGGGUGUCAGAGUGGGCGGGGUCUUCCAUUCCACCUGCUGAAUCGCAGCUCAUUCCGCCUGCCCGGCCCGCGGCCAAAUCACGGACACAUCUCUGCUGGAUCAAAUUGCACUCAGCGGAGUGUGAACUUGCGUGCCAAGGCAUUUGUGCACUGACCAUCGAAAAUGCAAAGACAGUUUAUUAGUUCAGGAUUUAAACAAAUCGAGGGCUCACAAAAGGCGGGGCUGUUAAUGUAAUUAAAUCGUUUAACUACAGAAUAA